ACCGGCGCAGAGGGCGGGCGGGGGAGGCCAGGAGGAGCGCUCGGGGAAGGGGAAGUGUGAGCGGGUGCUGAGGGUGCUCCUGACAGUCGUCUGCCCCUGCCGUGCUGGCUUGGUUGGGGCUCUCUGCGCUCUGACCCCUGGGCAGGAGUGGUUCCUGUGACCCGUGGCCUCGCGUGGAGAAGCCUGGUGUCCGUCAGUCCUCACCCGUGCUGCCUGGCAGGGAACCCUGUCUCAUCGUUUCAUCUCACGGUCCUGGUUCUGUCUCAGCAUGGCCAUCUCAUCACGCCUCGCCCUGUGGGAGCAGAAGAUUCGGGAAGAGGACAAGAGCCCUCCACCUUCCUCGCCCCCUCCCCUGUUCUCUGUCAUCCCAGGGGGCUUCAUUAGGCAACUGGUCCGUGAGACUGAGAAAGAGUCCAAGGAAGCAAGACUGAGGAAGAAGGUAGUGCUCACCUCCCCAGAACAAGAGCUGAUCACCAGCAUCAACGGUGAGAAGUCCCAGGAGUUGAGCCCCAGUGGGACACCAGCCAAAAAACCCCUGCCCUGCAGGAGAGGUGUGAGGAGGGGUGACGUGCUGCUGAUGGUGGCCAAGCUGGAUCCGGACUCAGCCAAACUGGAGCAGAAGCCCCAGCCCCAUGAUGCCCCCACAUGCAAGAUUCCACUGCCAGCCACAGACCCAGGAGGGGAACCAAAGGGGGGGACCCCAGGUACUCCUUGUGGCCCCCAGGCCAGCUCUGAGGAUGCAACCCUGAAGGCUGAGAAGACCCAGACUGGGGGUCUAAGGGACCCAGGAACUGUGCUACUGACAAAAGGCGAGAAGGAUCAAGGCACAGUGGGGAAAGGGGGUGGGGCCCCCCAGACCAAAGGGCUGAAAGGGGAGGUGCCCCAGGGCAAAGAGAGGCCAGGUGAGGGGGGACAACUGGGGACUUUGGAGAAGCGGGUAGGGGACCCCCCAAACAAGAAGGCAAAAGAGAAUCUCUCCAGGGAUGCAGGGGGCGAAGGGAAGUGGGCUGGAGUCCGGCUUCAGGUGAGGAAGUGGGGAGGUUCCCUGGGCAGAAGGAGCAAGUGGGAUGGUCCCCAAAGUAAGAAGGACAAAGGCAGCGAGCUCCUGAGUGAGGUGGAGAAGACAGAGGAAUCUAAGGCGGAGGCAGAGAAGUUGGGCAAAGUGCUGGGGAAGGUCGGGAAGGUGGGGGAAGCGCCCACCGUGGUGGAGAAAUCAAGGGACCCUCCAACUGUGCCUGGGCCGGCAGGUGCGCCCCAGGGUGCUACAGGAGAAGGGGGGCCACCUCAGAGUGAGCCUGCGGAAGCAGGUAAAGCUGGGGAUAAGACAGAAAAGGGUCGUAAAGCCCCCAGGGAGGUGGAGGCGCAUGGGGAGACCCCAGUAGCAGCUGGGAAGGAGGGCCAGCUAGACAGCCGAGGGCAGAAAGCAGAGGAGUGCAGCGCAAAAGCGGACAAUGGGGCUGAGGCCCUGGAGUCGGAGCUGGAGGGGCGCAGACAGCCCGCUCUGGCAAGCAGGGCAGAACGGCCUCAGGCGCGGGAGGACCAGCAGGGGCCUGCCCUGCAGGAGGCGGGCGAAGGAGGCUGGAGCGGAGCCCCGGACCAGGCUCCUGAGGACAGAUGGUACGAGGCAGAAAAAGUCUGGCUGGUUCAGAAGGAUGGAUUUACUCUUGCAACGGUGCUGAAGCCAGAUGAGGGGACAGCUGACCUGCCAGUGGGAAAGGUGCGACUUUGCAUUGAUGCUGAUAAAACCAUUACUGAGGUGGAUGAGGAUCAUGUCCAUCGGGCCAACCCUCCUGAGCUGGAUCAGGCCGAGGACCUGGCCUCGCUGGUCAGUGUCAACGAGUCGAGUGUCCUGAACACACUUCUGCACCGCUACCGGGCUCAGCUGCCGCACACCUGCUCAGGGCCGGAUCUGAUCGCCCUCCAGCCUCGGGGGCCCCUGGCGCCCUCUUCAGGCAAGGUGCCCCGGGGCAGCCGGGAGGGCCUGUCUGCCCACGUUGGCUCCCUGGCCCAGCGGGCAUACUGGGCACUGCUGAGCCAGCGGAAAGACCAGAGCAUUGUGGCCUUGGGCCGGAGUGGCGCCGGGAAGACCACCUGCUGUGAGCAGGUCCUGGAGCACCUGGUGGAGAUGGCAGGUGGUGUGGAUGGCGGGGUCUCAGUGGAGAAGAUCCGAGCCACCUUCACCAUCCUCCGGGCCUUUGGCUGUGUGUCCACUGGCCACAGCUGCCACGCCACCCGGUUUGCCAUGGUGAUGUCGCUGGACUUCAAUGCCACAGGCCGAGUCACGGCUGCUCAGCUCCAGACAAUGCUUCUGGAGAAGAGCCGUGUGGCGCGGCAGCCGGAAGGGGAAGGCAAUUUCGAGGUUUUCUCCCAGAUGCUGGCUGGAUUGGACCUGGAUCUCAGGACAGAGCUGUACCUGCACCAGAUGGCAGAUAGCAGCUCCUUCGGCAUGGGCAUGUGGCCUAAGCCUGAAGACAAGCAGAAGGCAGUGGCUGCCUUUGCCCAGCUCCAGGGUGCCAUGGAGACGCUGGGCAUUUCGGAGAGUGAGCAGCAAGCCAUUUGGCGGGUGUUGGCAGCCAUCUACCAUCUCGGAGCAGCGGGAGCCUGCAAAGUGGGCCGGAAGCAGUUCAUGCGGUUUGAGUGUGCAAACCACGCAGCCGAGGCCCUGGGCUGCGAGUAUGAGGAGCUGAACACAGCCACCUUCAAGCACCACCUGCGACAGAUCAUUGAGCAAGUGACGUCUGGGCCCAGUCGACGGGGCCCCGAGGAUGAGGACACUGGCUCAGGGCUCAAGAUGACCGGCGUGGAGUGUGUGGAGGGCAUGGCCUCGGGCCUGUACCAAGAGCUCUUUGCUGCCGUGGUCUCCCUCAUCAACAGGUCCUUCUUCUCCCACCACCUCUCCAUGGCCUCCAUCAUGGUGGUGGAUGGUCCGGGCUUUCAAAACCCCCGGCACCAAGGCAAGGACAGGGCCGCCACCUUCGAGGAGCUGUGCCACAACUAUGCUCACGAGCGCUUGCAGCUGCUUUUCUACCAGCGGACGUUUGUCUCGGCGCUGGAGCGGUAUCGGGAGGAGGGGAUACCUGUGCGGUUUGACCUCCCAGAGCCGUCCCCGGGGACCACGGUGGCUGUUGUGGAUCAGAAUCCCUCCCAGGUCCGCUUACCAGCUGGAGGAGGUACUGAGGACAUCAGGGGUCUUUUCUGGGUCCUGGAUGAGGAGGUCCGGGUGGAGGGCUCCAGUGACAGCGUGGUGCUCGAGCGCCUCUGUGCAGCCUUUGAGAAGAAAGGAGCUGGGGCUGAAGGGACCUCUGCCUUUCGCCCCUGUGAACAGCCCCUCCAGUGUGAGAUUGCCCACCAGCUGGGCCAGGACCCUGUGCGCUACGACCUCACGGGCUGGCUCCACAGGGCCAAGCCCAACCUCUCGGCCCUGGAUGCCCCCCAGCUCCUGCAGCAGUCAAGAAGAGAGGAGCUGAGGCGCCUGUUCCAGCCCCGGGCCCAGGUGCCCCCAGUGUGCCGGGCCGUGGCGGGCCUGGAGGGCACGUCCCCGCAGGCCCUGCAGAGAUGCCGCGCGGUGAGGAGAACGUUUGCCAGCAGUUUUGCUGCUGUGAGGAGGAAAGCCCCGUGCUCCCAGAUCAAGCUGCAGAUGGAUGCGUUGACCAGCAUGCUCCGACGAUCUCAGUUACACUUUAUUCACUGCCUGGUGCCGAGCCCAGUGGUAGAGGGCAGGGGCGGGCAGGGGUCUCUGACUCCACCACAGCCUGGUGGAGACAAGCCUGGGGCAGGCGGGCCUCUGACCCUGGACAUCCCAGCCCUGAGGGUGCAACUUGCAGGGUCCUACAUCCUGGAGGCGCUGCGUCUGCACAGGACAGGCUACGCUGACCACAUGGGGCUCCCUCAGUUCCGCCGGCGGUUCCAGGUGCUGGACCCUCUGCUCAUGAAGAAGCUCACGUUGGCCUCUGAGGGAGUAGAUGAGAGGAAGGCCGUGGAGGAGCUGCUGCAGACCCUGGAUCUGGAGAAGAAGGUAGUGGCCGUGGGGCACAGCCAAGUUUUCCUCAAGGCAGGCGUGGUCUCCAGACUUGAGAAACAGCGCCGGAAGCUGGUGGGUCCCAGCAUCAUUUUAUUCCAGGCGGCUUGCAAGGGCUUCCUGUCUCGCCAGGAGUUCAAGAAGCUGAAGAUUCGCCGACUGGCUGCACAGUGCAUCCGCAAGAACAUAGAUGUGUUCCUGGUGGUCAAGGACUGGCCGUGGUGGCAGCUCCUUGGUUCCCUCCGGCCCCUGCUGAGUGCCAACGUUGGGGAUGAACAGCUCCGUGCCAAGGAGGAGGAGCUUACAAUGCUGAGACGGAAGCUAGAAAAAUCAGAGACGUCUCGGAAUGAACUCCGGCAGAACACAGACCUGCUGGAAAGCAAGAUUGCUGGCCUGAUCACAGAGCUUGCCGAUGAGCGCUUCAAAGGGGAUGUGGCCUGCCAGGUGCUGGAGGGCGAGCGUGCUGAGCGGUUGCAGGCCUUCCGGGAGGUCCAGGAGCUGAAGAGCAAGUAUGAGCAAGUCCAGAAGAAUUUGAAAGAAGUGGAGAAGCAGCUGGAAGAAGCCCAGCAGAAAAUUCAGCUGAGUGACUUGGAAAGGAGUCACACUGGGAGGGCAGAUGAGUGGCAAAUGCGCUUCGAUUGUGCUCAGAUGGAGAAUGAGUUCCUCCGAAAGCGUUUACAGCAAUUUGAGGAGAGGCUGGAAUCAGAGCUGACGUCCAGGAAAGAGUUGGAGCAGAAGCUUGGGGAGCUCCAGGGUGCUUACGAGGGGGCCAAGAAGAUGGCUCACCAGCUUAAGAGGAAGUGCCACCAUCUGACCUGUGACCUGGAGGACACCCACCUCCAGCUAGAGAAUGAGCAAAGCCGAAACCACGAGCUGGAGAAGAAACAGAAGAAGUUUGACAUGCAGCUGGCCCAGGCCCUGGGUGAGUCUGUGUUUGAGAAGGGCCUCCGCGAGAAAGUGACGCAGGAGAACACCGGCGUGCGGUGGGAACUCGGCCAACUUCAGCAGCAGUUGAAGCAAAAGGAGCAGGAGACAUUGCAGCUGACUCAAGAGGUGAAGACGCUGCAGGCCCAAAAACGGGAGCUGCUGGGGCCGCUCUCUUCGGGGGGAAAUUGUGUCGCUGGUUUGAAGGAGAGGCUCUGGGAGCUGGAAUCCAGUGCCCUCGAGCAACAGAAAAUCCACAGCCAGCAGGAAAACACCAUCAAGCAACUGGAGCAGCUCCGCCAGCGGUUUGAGCUGGAGAUCGAGCGGAUGAAGCAGAUGCAUCAGAAGGACCGGGAAGACCGGGAGGAGGAGCUGGAGGACGUCCGCCAGUCCUGCCAGAAGCGGCUCCGCCAGCUGGAAAUGCAGCUGGAACAAGCAUGUGAGGAGAAGCAGAUGGUCCUCCAUGAGAAGCAGGAUUUGGAAGGCUUGAUCGGAACCCUCUGUGAUCAGAUUGGCCACCGGGAUUUUGACGUGGAGAAGCGUCUUCGGAGGGACCUCAGAAGGACCCAUGCGCUACUGUCAGAUGUGCAGCUCCUUCUGGGCACCAUGGAAGACAGCAAGACGACAGUCAGCAAGGAGGAGCUGGAGAAAGUGCACAGCCAGCUGGAGCAGAGUGAAGCCAAGUGUGAGGAUGCUUUGAAGACCAAGAAGACGUUGACUGUGGACCUGGAGAAUAUGCACAGCGAGCUGGAAAACAUGACCCGUUGCAAGAGCCUGGUGGAUGAGCAGCUGUGCCGGCUGCAGUUUGAGAGAGCCGACCUGCUGAAGCGCAUCGACGAGGACCAGGAUGACCUGAACGACCUCAUGCAGAAGCACAAAGACCUCAUCGCCCAGUCCGCUGCUGACAUUGGGCAGAUCCAGGAACUGCAGCUGCAGCUGGAGGAAGCCCAGAAGGAGAAGCACAGCCUUCAAGAACAACUGCAGGUGGCUCAGAUGCGCAUUGGGUACCUGGAGCAGUCCACCGUGGACCGAGGCAUUGUGAGCAGGCAGGAGGCCAUCAUCUGUGACCUGGAGAACAAGACGGAGUUCCAGAAAGUGCAGAUUAAGAGAUUUGAGGUCCUGGUGAUCCGGCUUCGCGACACGCUGAUCAGGAUGGGUGAGGAGAUGGCGCAGGCGGCCGUGUCCGAGGCUCAGCAGCGGGAGAGCAGCCGGUACUCCCAGGGGCGCCUGGAGGAGCUGAAGGCGGACAUGGAGGAGCUGAUGCAGCGGGAGGCGGAGGCCGGUCGGCGGUGCAUGGAGCUGGAGAAGUGUGUGGAAGAGCUCUCAGCAGUGACACAGACCCUCCAGGCAGACCUGGAGACGUCCAUCCGACGGAUUGCCGACCUGCAGGCGGCCUUGGAAGAGGUGGCGUCCGGCGACAGUGACACAGAAAGAGAUAACGUCUCCAUCCUCAGCUCCCAGCCAGAGGGCAGUGUGCAGUCCUGGUUGAGUUGUACUCUGUCCCUAGCCACAGAUGCCACGAGGACCCCGUCUCGACAGUCGGCCAUCAGCAGCCACACCCUCAGCCCCAGGAUGAAGGAGGAGGCCGGGGAUGCUGAGAAGACGGCAUCGGCCCAGCGCAGAGCCCAGGACGUCCACAGCAAGACUGCGGGAGACAGGUCCGUCUUGCCUCUCGCCCUCCACCGGCAAAAGUACUGCCAUUUCGGGGAUGGCGAAGAGUGUGGCAUCCAGAGAAAGCCCACGGAGAGAUUAGGAGCGCUGUCUUCUUCCCCGGCUUCCCAGAGGACAGACAUGUCCCCACAGUCUAGGGACAAGCUGCCCAGUCCUUCGGCAGCCCUGUCGGAGUUCGUGGAAGGACUGCGGAGGAAGAGAGCCCAGAGAGGCCAGGGGUCGGUGCUGGGCCUGGAGGACUGGCCCACUCUGCCCAUUUACCAGACCACCGGGGCAUCCACGCUGAGGAGGGCCAGGGCGGGCAGUGACGGGGGAGCCCUCUCACAGAGGCUUGGGGCAAAGUCGCCCCUGGAAACGGAGGGCGCCACGGGGACAUCGGCCGGACUCCUGCGAUCCACCAGCCUGAGAUGCAUCUCUUCCGAGAGCCCGGAGGGCCCCACCCCGCUUCCCGAGAAGCUGAAGACCCGGUUCAGUUCCUGCGAGUCCCUCUUGGAAUCAGGGCCGAGCCCCAGGAGCACACCAAGCUCCCCGCCCGCCCGCAGGGACACACUCUUGUCGCCCACACUGCGUCCUCGGAGGCGCUGUCUGGAGUCCUCGCUAGAUGACGCGGGCUGUCCAGACCUCGGGAAGGAGCCACUCGUCUUCCAGAACCGCCAGUUCGCCCACCUCAUGGAGGAACCUCUGGGCAGUGACCCGUUCAGCUGGAAGCUCCCUAGCCUCAGCUACAAACGCCAGACCAAAGUGGAUUUUGAUGACUUCCUCCCAGCCGUCCGGAAACCCGAGACCCCCACAUCCUUGGCCGGAGCGGCCAGCUUGCAGCGCCCCAGUGUCCCCUUGGAGAUGGAAGAGGCCGACAGGACCUUCCUCUCAGGCAUCAGGACCAUUUUGAAAAGCAGCCCAGAGGCCAAGGAGGACCCUGCUCACCUCUCCGAUUCCUCCUCCUCCUCCAGCUCCGUCGUGUCCUUCAAAAGCGCCGACAGCGUCAAGAGUCGACCAAGAAUCCCGCAGCUAGAGGGUGACAGUGGUGAGCCAACGGCCCCCGGGAACGGAGAGCCGGGGGCAGGGAGGAAAGAAGAGGAUGUUGAGAGCAUAAUGAAGAAAUACCUCCAGAAGUAGGAGCCAGCUCAGCCUCCUGAGAUGCACAGCCCUCGAAGAGUUCCUGACUCCACAAAUGUCUGGAGAGAGAGAGAUACUGGCCAGGCUCCCCAGGGGCCCUUGGUCCAGAGCCAGCCAGCACAGCCGCCCUCACAGGCGAGAGAGG